GUUCAUUCCAAUCUUCAACAUUUGGAGUAAGUUUCCUUCGUUCUCUAGUUAUUCUGCUGUAGUCGAAUAAUUUGGUUCGGAAAGAUAUCUUGUGCGAGACGGAUUUUUAGCAACGAGAUCAGCUCUACAAAAUCCUCUGUUUUCUUCACCAUAACAAAUCAACAAUUAGAGGAUUUUUUGAUGCAACAUUGCAGUCGCCAAACCACUCGUGCCGAUCUUUUUUUGGAGCCAACAUCCUAGCCACUAAAUAUACUAAAAACUUCAUUUGCUGCACAAUAUUUCACGCAAUCGUUAAGUCGGUGCGAACAUCGGGUCGGAAGUUACCAUCGAUUCUGCAAGCACAAACAGAGAUGCAAAACCGAACGAGAGUUUCAGGAAAUAGUGGAAGAGCUACGUAACGAGCUGAAAGAAGAAGAAGCUGAAUUUUCUCCACGCAUGUUCGUGAUCGGUAAUGCGGAAAAAAAUGUUGCCUUCUAUGUUGUAACAUCGCGUUUGCAGUUCAAGUUACCUUCAUUCCUCCGCUGUAUCGAUUUGGUAGUUAAGCUGAAGUUUGUUCUGAACUACAACUUUCACGAAAGUUGCGAACUAUUCUGGUACUUCGUUGCUAAACAAUUCUACAACAUCGACAGCUCGCGAAAGUCGAGAAAUAGUCAACUGCUGUAGCUUCUCGCAUAUUUGGAAGGCUGAGAAUCAUCAACAUGAACUGUCAUCUGUGCCAUAUUACGUCCAACUCUCUGCAAAGUUUCUUCAAACACUUAACAAUUCAUCAUGGCACACCUACCAUCUUCAAGUAUACCUGUACAGCAUGUGUGCCCUCGACUUCGUACCAGAAUCUACAUCGUUUUAAGCGACAUGUCAUUUCCAACCACGCCGGUUUAUUCGAGUCCAAUGACCCCGAUGGUGACAGCGAUCUUGGUAACGCCACGCCUCAUGUCGAAAAUAUGACCGCUCCAGACAUCACAGAAGAAAAUGUGACCCAAGUGCAAAUUCCAAUCAGGGCAGAAGCUGAUCAUAACGUAAAUGAAAAUGAAGAGAUGGAGAAAAUUAGCUUAGAAGACACAGAUAUUUUAGAUUUAAGAAAUAAGUUAAGAGACACGUUUUUAAACUUUUCGCUAAGUUUACACAGUAAGCCAAAUUUCACGAGAAAAGAUGUUAUAGAUCUACAAAAAAGUAUUACCGAACAAAUCGUGAGACCGAUUUGCGAUACUCUAAUUAAAAUAUGUCCUUUAGUUAAUAACAAAGACAUCAAUGAGCUAAUCGAGGAUAUUUAUCAACCAUUUCAGUUCAUAAGCUCCGAGCAAAAACUAAAUACGACAUUGCAAAAUAUCCAAUUAAACGAUUCAUUACAAACUGUCAAUUACAAAAAUAGUGAUGGAAACAUUACUUCGAAAGGCUGCCUUAUGCCAAUUAAGCAUCAGUUCAAACUGUUUUUCGAGAGUGGGAAUAUUUUUAAUGACACGAUUAAUCAUAUUAGGUUGCUAGAAGACAGAGAAAAUAUUACAAAUAUUGUCAACGGUACUUUAUGGAGACAUGUGAAACAAUCAUUUAAAGACAGAUGUGUUAUACCGUAUUUCCUAUACUCUGAUGAAGUAGAGAUGAAUGAUGCUAUUGGUGCUCACUCCGGAACCCACAAAGUUACAGGACUAUACUAUAACUUUCCAACAAUACCUCCUCACUUCUUAGCACGAUUAGAAAAUUUAUUCGUUGCUGGUUUUGUUAAAGCAUCUGAUAUGGCAAAGUUGGGUCCAUCUGUUGCUUUGAAAGAAUUGAUUGAUGUACUAAUUGACCUGGAGCAAAACGGCAUUGAAUUGAAUAUAGAUGGAAAAACUAUUCGUGCGUAUUUUGUACUAAUGGCUAUACUAGGAGACAACAGGGAUCAACACUUUAAUGGGGUACGCAACAUCAUUUAA